GCCGCCAUGAGGACAGCCGAACGAGUCAGCCUGCUGGUGACACUUUCCCCAAAUUCUAGCUUUAACUCUCGGAGACGGGACAGACAGUCGGACGGCGACGCGCUCCACACUCGCGCGGCGAAAGUGCUCGACUGAACGCGUUUCUGGCAGAUUUCUCCUCCAUAAUAUCUGGGGAUUUUGCGUGCUCGGCUGAAUUACGCUGACAUUGUCGCUUUCCGACAGCUCGUCGCGGUGCGCAAGAACGAGCGGGACCGGGACUGCCCAGUUCUCGGACGCGCGUUUCUGAGAGGUCGCUGGCGCUGAAUAAUUCUGCUAAUAACAUGAAACGUGAUCAGUAUUAAAUCAAGCGUGACAUUCAGAGCGGACUGUUUUUCGAGCGUCUCCACACGCAGGACGGAGUGUCGCUUAGGCAGCGGCGAGCGGCUGAGACGCGGAAUAGAGGCGCCACUGUUUGGCCUCAGCGCAGGAGCGAAAGCGAAAAGUCAGGUUCCGUUGUGUUUUUACGGUCGACGCGCGCUGGACGGACUUUUCCAGAGGUUACACGCUGAAGAUCAACGUGUUUAUGGAUCGCUGCGCAGCGAGGAGCGCCGGGAGUCGUAGGCUACGCUGCUGUGCAUCGAUCAUGUCGGUGCUUCGUUGCUGUUGUAAACUUUGAUAGGUGUUCGCAGAAAGGACGGUCCAAUAUACAAUAACGACUUGAAGACACGCGCCCGUUGCUUAGGUUGACCUUUGGAGGAAGUGGGAAGCGCCUUUUUUGCCCUUCCUCUUUUUUUCUCCCGAGACGUCAGGACGGAUCUCUAUCACUCAGUCUGACUCUCCUUCUGUGACUUAAACAAAGACCAAAGUGUUUGGGGGUAGCAUGGCAAUGGUAGUAAACCAGUGGCCAGAGAACAUUUCGGCAGAUCCGGGGUCUCAGCUCCAGAUUUGCGGCCAGGAGCCCGGCGGGGCACCGGGCACCCCCAAUGGUUCCACCCCGGGGAACGACGGACUUUCCGGGGACAAGAUCCCCAACGUGGACUGCAUGGUGUGCGGGGACAAGUCCAGUGGGAAGCAUUACGGCCAGUUCACCUGCGAGGGAUGCAAGAGCUUCUUCAAACGCUCGGUGAGGCGAAACCUGACGUACACCUGCCGGGGGAACCGAGACUGUCCCAUCGACCAGCACCACCGGAACCAGUGCCAGUACUGCCGGCUGAAGAAGUGCCUCAAAGUCGGCAUGAGGAGAGAAGCUGUACAGCGAGGCCGCACAUCGAACUCCCAGACCAGCCCGGGUCAGUACCUGACCAACGGCACCGACCCGUACAACGGCCAGCCCUACCUGUCCGGCUUCAUCUCGCUGCUGCUGCGCGCCGAGCCGUACCCCACCUCCCGCUACGGGUCCCAGUGCAUGCAGGGAAACAACCUGAUGGGCAUCGAGAACAUAUGUGAGCUGGCCGCCAGGCUUCUGUUCAGCGCCGUGGAGUGGGCCAAGAACAUUCCCUUCUUCCCCGAUCUACAGCUCAUGGAUCAGGUGGCUCUGUUGCGCAUGUCGUGGAGCGAGCUCUUCGUCCUCAACGCCGCUCAGUGCUCGAUGCCGCUGCACGUGGCUCCUCUCCUGGCCGCGGCCGGUCUGCACGCUUCGCCCAUGUCCGCCGAGCGCGUGGUGGCCUUCAUGGACCACAUCCGCGUCUUCCAGGAGCAGGUGGAGAAGCUGAAAGCCCUGCAGGUCGACACGGCUGAAUAUUCCUGCCUCAAGUCCAUUGUCCUCUUCACGUCUGACGCUAUGGGCCUGUCUGACGUCGCCCACGUGGAGAGCAUCCAGGAGAAGUCCCAGUGCGCCCUGGAGGAGUACGUGAGGAACCAGUACCCCAGCCAGCCCAACCGCUUCGGCCGCCUCCUCCUGCGCCUGCCGUCGCUGCGCAUCGUGUCCUCCCCCGUCAUCGAGCAGCUCUUCUUCGUGCGCCUGGUGGGAAAGACGCCCAUAGAGACACUGCUCCGCGACAUGCUGCUGUCGGGCUCCAGCUACAACUGGCCCUACAUGUCUGCGGUGCAGCGCGAGCGGCCCAUCUCCCUCCACUACAACGAGAACGGGCCGUGAUGGAGGCGCGAGUGGGCCGCGCGUCCGUCCGAGCGGCCGCGCGUCCGUCCGAACUCGCUCCCCUUCGAUCUGUGCGUCCGACCGCUCCGCUUUCCCGGAGGAAGCCGCUUCCUCGCCAUUCCCCUCACGGCACCCGACUGACGGUUCACUGAAUCCUCGCCAUCCACACGAGCAGGCCGAUCCCACUGCAGACACCGGCCCGUUGCACACGGCGCGGCUGCGUUCGAGACGUGGCACGAGAUGACGGGUUGGUAGAUCGUGUUGCUGCACAGUUCACCAGCAGGUCUGUUGGACUCACGUCAACAGACCUCAGAUGUCCGUCUCAAAGCCCAAAUCCAAACCGGGGCGGCAGCAGACCAAACAUUUGCUUCACUGCCGAUGCUUUGCCUACACUUACAGACGCGCCGCCGUCCCGUACGGCACACACUGAGCAAGGGCUUUGCCAGUGGGACUCUGUCCGAGAGCACAAGGCCCGUUGUAUCUUUACUCGUGUUUGAGAAGAAAACCAGAAGCCAUUAAAAAAGAAAUAUGCCAAAACGUCUGGGACUUUUGCAGAUGAAAUGUUUUAUUGUUUGUUUGUAUUAGCACUGUUUAUAUGGAGAAAAACUCAUGAUUGUGUCCAUAUGUACAGUAUAUAAUUGAUUCAUAGGCAUCUAUAGCGUGUUUGGGUUCAUUGGGAACGCUCAGGUUCAGAGGGUGGGCAGACAGAUGACCAGAUCAAAACGCCAACAUCAGUACAUGUACAGACACACAAACCAGCAACAUUCACCCUUAUUAGCAGCCGGUGCCAAAGCUGAAUAUGAAUUGUUUGGAUUACUUUCGUGGUAGUGUUGGUGAUGAAAAGUUAAUGUUUGGUUUGUCUGUAAUUUGACUAUAUACAUGUUUUAGAGUCUCAGGGGGAAAGAUGGACGAUGAAUUUGUAAAGACAAUACAAAUAAGAGCGUAGGCACUUGCAAAGUAAACUAGUCAGAACCUACAGUUAGUCCUUCAACAUCACAGCACUGCUAGGGUCCUGCUACCCUUCUGCCAUUCGACCGGUCCACCUUCUUACUUAUUCAAAGAGCAAAUUGUGACACACAAUUCACUCAUAAUAUUGUUUUCUCAGUCAUAAUUGUCAAUAUUAGACCGGGGGGAGCAUUUUACAAAAGUAGCUGUACUUGCCUUAGAACAAGGAUUUGGUCACUGAGCAUUUAUCUUAUGACUGUGCCAUAAUCUCUCGUUACCUUUUAUAACAGGUAUUACGUCCUGUCAGGAGACGAAAUGAACUCCCAUGAUGUGAAAAACUGAUGAUGUGCACUCACAACCACAGGAAUGUGAUGCAGAGUACAGACGUUUCUGAGUACAGGUCAUCCAGCACUUUCAUUUUUUUGACUUCAUGCAAGUUCUUUUCUGCGUCCUGAUGAUAUUGUCAUGUAGGGAAACCCCCCAACUCAUGUGGUUUUAAGCUUAUCGUACUGAUACUUUAGAAAAGUGUAUCACUAAUCUCUGAAAACCUCAGUCUAUGUUACAAUAUUAUUCUAGUUGAAUUUAUGACUGUGACUUAGCUUAGGACUAUUUUAAGACAUUUUUUUCUUCUUGCCCUUGAUGGAAGCAAGUUUGUUUUGACAACCUGUCUCACAUUUCCAACAUGGCACGGUGGUAUCAACAUAAAGUACUGGUACUGAAAAAGCCAUCUGGGACCUUUAGAAAGCUGUUUGUUUAUAAAUGAAUUCACAGAAAGUUUGUUUUUAUCCCCUCUAUUUUGUUUGGAAACAUGGAUUAUCGAUUAAUUGAAAUAAAUCCUUUUGUUCACAGUU